AUGUCUGGAAGAGGAAAGGGUGGAAAGGGACUCGGAAAGGGGGGCGCCAAGCGCCACCGCAAAAUUCUCAGGGAUAAUAUUCAAGGGAUAACGAAGCCGGCUAUUCGCCGUUUAGCCAGACGUGGUGGCGUAAAGCGAAUUUCUGGGUUAAUAUAUGAAGAAACGAGAAAAGUCUUGAAAAUAUUUUUAGAAAACAUAAUUCGUGACGCCGUCACCUACACUGAGCAUGCCAAGAGGAAGACGGUUACCGCUAUGGAUGUCGUAUAUGCCUUAAAGAGGCAAGGGAGGACGUUGUAUGGCUUUGGAGGCUAA